CAAGCGGCGCACCAGUCUGGCCCAGUCAACAUGGCUAACCUCGCCUCCGACGACUACUACGAGAAUUUGGGAGUGGCACGUACUGCUACAGCGCAAGAAAUCAAAACAGCGUACCGCAAACUGGCCAUCAAAUACCACCCGGACAAGAAUCCAGCAGAUAAGCUCACAGCCGAGGCCAACUUUAAAAUCGUGGGCGAGGCCUACAAUAUGCUCUCGGAUGAUGACACGCGGAAGAUCUAUGACAUCUACGGCAAGGAAGGACUGGAAGACGGCGCGCAACCGAUGACCAAGGAGCGUGCCAUGGAGAUUUUCGAGGAGUUCUUCCGCUUCGGCGAGGCGAUGGACCCGGACGCUCCCGACCGCUCCAAAGGUCUUAAGCGCGCCGCGGGUGGUGCAGUGUACGCGCCUGCAAAGGGUCUUCUCUACGGUGGCAAGUCAAUUGUUGGAGGGAUUGUGAUGGGGUCAGCGGCAGUCGUAGCAGGAGCUGGCGCAAUGGUUGUCAAUUUUGCCUCUGGGAUUAAAGAAAUGGGCGAGGCUGGUGUCAACUCGGCACGCAAGCGCAAGGACAGUAAGCAGAGUGACAGUGAAACGGAAGUUUCUGGGGCUACAGCAGCUGACGGAUCUACAGAAGCCGGACCUGGUGGUGAGCACAAGGGUGCGAUUGCGAUCGCCAACCAAAAGCCCACUCCUACGUUCAUGGGAGGCCUGAAGAAGGCAACUAUUGGUGCUGUUGCCGCCCCAGUUGCGGCGAUUGUGACUGGAGGUGGCGUCCUGCUUGCCAGUGGCGUUGCGGCAGGUGGAUACGUCGUUGGUGGAUUUGCUGGCGCUGCGACGAAUGUGGCGAGUGGGGUGCGUGAGGUGAAGGCAGCAAACAAACUGGAGAAGAAGCGUCGUGCUUCCAGCGCCGCUAGUACGCGCGACUCGUCAGCCUCGACGAAGAGCUCACCGGCGUCGUCAGAACCUUCAGUAAAAGCAGUUCCGGUGUCGGAAGCACCGGCACCUGCAACCCAGACCGCUUAGAGGAUGAUCAACACACGUAACUUCGGGUCGUCGUGUGUAGUUAGAGAGAGAUACUUCCAUAUCCAUAGUAAACCUUUGAUUUAGUUACUUCAACUUGCUCGCCGUCAUCUCUUCUCGACUGUCAAGCACGGAUCAAGCCUGGACCGCCGAUUGAGCUGGCGUAACACUGGAAACCUCUAGCUUCCAGUCGGGUAAUUAGCUUCGUCAGGUCUUCGUUACUUAAGCCGCGCGGCAACAGAGAGAUCGUACAGCCACCUCCACCUGCACCAGUCAACUUUGUAGCACCGUUAAACUGCUUGCAGAUACGUGCCACCUCGUCG